AUGGAAAACAAUCGGCCAUGCAUCGUGUUGGCAGAGGUCGCCGGCAAGGCGCUGUUCUCGACCAAGCUUGGUCAGAUUGCCCCUCGUCCGGUACCUGAUCCACCCGAGCCAGUCAUUGCGCGCACACCUAACGUGAACUUGGAAUGCUCGCACCAGAUCGACCGCUUCGUGCAACAGUUGCGCGACGAGUUUCCCGCCCAGUGCAAUGAGAUCUUCGUCGGCUACUACACUAUCUACGAUUACUUUGACGCUUACGAUAUCCAUCGCCUCGGCGAACGCCAUGUCGCUUCCGCCCUUGACCGCAUCGCGACGCAAAACAGUACCGCUGUCCAGAACUUCGUUGCCGAGUGGUGUCCACGCAAUUAUCCCAAGGUGCAGAAAAUCUGCUAUGGCACAACGCUUCUAGAAUUGUUCAGCGAGGCCGAAAUCAAGGAACGCGGCGAACUGUUCCUUACCAUUGCAGUCAUUAGCAUUCGCAAUGCUCUCGAGAGUACCGCUAAGAAGCAGGAAGCGCAGGCAAAGGACCGCACUCGCGUGAUCAGCAGCCCGAACGAAGAGGCGACGGUAAAGCAGGAGGUACCUCACGCAGAAUCAUCACGGAUCGACCAGGGUCAGACAUCCAGAGUCCCACCGGGCCUACUUCGCGUUGAGUGGCGCCAGCCACAUCAAUCUUCGGCGGCGCAAGUCGGCACUGUCCCGUCACUUGAACCUGCGCAUCCACCUAGCGUUGCCGUCCAUCCAGCUUCUGCCAUUCGUAGGGGUAGCCAAGCGAGUACCUCAGUCCCCGUCACACCAACCCUGUCCCAGAAGUCGCCCUACUUAGCUGCCAAGUCACACCCUUCGAAGAGCACACCUCGGGUGCAGGCCUACCAUUCCAAUACUGGCAUGAUUCCAUCGACGCACCAGAGGCACCGCAGUACACCGCGGAUGAAUGCCAUGACUCCUGGGUUCGUUCCUCAGAGCUCUAUGGGCGUUCCUACUUCGGCUCCUCCUACCCGCGGCCCGCCAUCUCAAGCUGCUACGCCUCAGACCAUCGGUGCUCAGCUCUACCUUCCCCCAGCUCCGUUCCAGGGUAUCCCUCAUGGGUUUGAGGUUGGCGCAAUGCACAGAGAACUCAACCCCUUUCCCGGUUUCACUGGUAACCCCAACCUGCACUCGAACUCUCCCGACAUGCCUUACGCGGCUACGCAAGCUACCCCACAUAUGCCUGUUGCGCAACCUUCGGGAGUGCCUGGACCGGCCUACAUGCCUAUCCCGACCCUUACGUCGCCACCAAUGCUGCCACCCCAUCUGGCCAACAUGACCAACUUGCAAUAUGGAGGGACGAUGCCAAGCAUGAGGUCACGUCGCAUGUCAGGACCGGCAUUGCGUCAGGACUAUGGUUCACGUUUCCAAGGCAAGCAAGCUGGGAAGGGUUCCCGCGGUGGUCGGCGCAAUUCUAUGCGUGGAAAUCAUAUUGGAGGCACCUUCCGUGACCCUGCUGCUGGUCAGCUGGGUCCCGCCGCAGCUUCUAGGGAGCUAAAGGCCUUCUUCGAAAGUCAGCUUCACAGGCCCGUUGUGGAUGUAAAAGUCAGCAUCGACAAGAGGAACCGUCCCUUCGCCCAUGUCAACAUGACGACUUUCCAAGAUGCGAACAUGGCCCUACAUCUAGAUGAAGCUCUCUUCUUUGGCUACCCAUUGGUCGUCAAAAUCCCUGCAAAGGCGGAGUCCUUGUUGCCCGAGGGCUAUGAUCUAAAGAAGGGCUACCCGCUUUCCGCGCCUGCGCAGUUCGCCCAGACUCCGACCAUUCGGCACACUGCACCCUUUGUCCCGAUCGAAACUAGUGCCAUGGAACCGUUUGGUCAAGAUCCGAACUCUACGAAGCAAAAGAAGCGCAAGAUCAUUCGCAGUAAGAAAGCAGACUCGAACAAGUCCAGAAGUGGUACCACGACUCCAGAGCCCUCAACUACCGGCUCCAUGGAGCGUGCUGCUACGACCGAAAGGCAAAGCCAGAUGGAAUCUGCUACGAAGCUACAUGGAGAUGAUGCUGGUCUCGUGGACAAGAAAAUGACGACAAUUCUGGAGCGCCGCGAGCAAGAAAAGAAGCAGAAACCUACUUCUUCUUCAGACAGCCAAAACCAGAAGGAUGUCCCCUCGGCUGAUGUCGCAGUUGAAAGCAAAGACUCGGAAUUCGAGCGUACCAAGGAGAAGACCAACGCGAGCGACCAGGAGUCCAAUCAUUCAGCUCCCUCCACCAAGCAAGGAAAUGUCGCUGGGAGCGAGGAGCGGAGUGGUGCUGUCAAGGCGGAGAAGCCGUCUUCUGCCCUACGCCAGGCGAAGGUCGCGGUUCCGGACAUUAACAUCCAUUGUCGCAAGGAGAAGCAGGGCUCGCUGUCCGCCGCAUCAUCUACACGCUCGGAGAAGACGCUGUCUCCGGGUACGCCGAUGAAAGGCACCACGAGCCAGGUAGAAGAUGCAACGCCUGAGAAGGACGACAGCUUCGUCACUGUCCAGGAAGAACCGCCUCUGGCCGCAAAGGAGCAGAAGGAGCGUGAAGACUCUCCACAAGAGGCGGACGAGCAGAUCCAUGACAGCAGAACGGUCUCUCCCGAGGCUGCCGACAUUCCUACCACCCCUCCCGCAGAGGAGGAAUACGUGCAGGUUGAAGUAGCCUUGCCCACUACGGCUGCUUUAGCCGACCAGCAGGUUUCCCUAGCGCAGACGGAAGCGAUAUCAGCAAAUGAGAGAACGGCAUCUUGGGCUGAGGAUGUAGCAGCGUAUGCCAAAUCCAGCUCUCCUAUGGAGAUGAGGCCCGAUGAAGGAGAAGCUGCUGAUCAGACGGGCUCAAUCCACCCGAACGCGCGCCCCAAGGGCGACAAGAAGAAGCAGUCGAAGAAGGGCAAGUCGUACGGGAAGGGCAAGAAGGGCACUUCCGGUUCCUCCGACGACUUCGAGUUCGUAGACUUUGCAGACGGAAGGAUCUAA